UGUCGCUGGUCCGGGGCAUGGGGAAGUGACCUGUCCCCAAGGGAGCUGGGGCUAUAUUUGGGGGAGAAUCUGCCCCUCACUGGGGGAAGGAUUUGGGGACAUUGGCCCCUCGCAGGAUUUGGAUGGCAUUUCACCCUCCCAUGGGGUAAUGGGGGCCUGUGCCCCCUAUGCUGUAUUCUGGGGGGUGCAGUGGGGUUAUUUUACCCCUCGGGGUGUGUCUGCGGGUAUUUGCCCCAUAGUGCAUUUGAGGGAGGGUCUAAUGGGUUUUUGGCCCCCUGGUGCACGGGGGGGGGAGGGGAUACAGGAUUUACCGUCUACUCCCCCUUUGAUCCUCACUUCGUUCUACGAAAUGUUUUGCCCGGGUCGGACCCAAUCAGGAGCCCGGGGCCUUUGGCCCCGCCCCCACGUGACUCUUUCAAAACCAGCCCCUUUGUUUGAGCUGCUGUGUGUGCUGAAAGUCCCUGGCAAGAGGAGCCGGUGGCGGCUUCUGGGGGUUGCCUCUGUGCGUCCAGCUCCCCGAUGGUGCAUGCAAUUUAUCAUCCCCCAGCCUACUCCCGGUGCAUGCGACUUACCAGCACCCCUGCUGCCGGUGGAUGUAAUUUACUCUCCCACCCAUCCUGCCCCCUGCAUGCAAUAUACCCCCCUCCCGGCAUCCUGCUCCUGCUUACGGUGCACACUUCCCUCUGCAGCUGCUGUACCCGGUGAGUCCUGGUUGCUGCACCUCCUUCCUCGCCCAGUCGAUCCUGCCCCUGGUGCAUACACUGCCCCCAGUUCUAUUUUUUUCCUAUUCCCGGUGUAUGUACCUCCCCAGGAGCUGCGCCCCCAGUCCCUUCCCCGGUGCAAGCCCCCACCCCCACCCCGCUGAUCCGUGUCGCUUGCCCCGGCGGUCCUCAUGGCCCGCAGAGCUGUGCCGCCCUCCCUCUGGUCCGGGAGCGACCGAGUGCGGAUCGGGGAGCGGCUUCAGGCCAGCCUGGCCGGGAUCCUGGAGCUGGGACUGCUGAGAGAAACGCAGAAGGGAACCGUGGAGAGCGCCCUGGGCAUCGGGGACCCGGCGGGGGCUGUCCCAGGGGGACAGCGACAGCAGGGAUGGGGCAGUCUGGGGGCUAAGGAACCACUGCCCCCAGCUAAGCUGGACCGGAGCAAGUCUGAGGACCUGCUGGGCAUCCCUGAGAAGCCAUGUGUCUCCUACUGUUCCUCUGAGGGCAUCGAUGUGGGACGCCAAGCCGGGAACAGGGACAGCAGAACGACAGCGACGAGCCUGGCCUUGAGAACCACCGGCUCCAGCGAGCAGCUGCUGCUCCCCAAGAGGCCCAGGGCACAGACAGAGCUUAGCUUCACUGCACCAGAGACCUCAGAGGCCGACUCCAGGCCCAGCUCAGGGUUCUACGAGACCAGCGAGAUGGGCUCCCUGUCCAACUCCUCCACGUCCAUGCACAGCGAGUGCCCAGGAGGCUCGCACUGCAGCGUCGGUUCCCUCUCCCACCUCCCAGGCCUACGGGACAGUGGCUGUUCACGGCCACGCUCCACUGACGAGGCCACCGUCCGGCUUCUCGACCUCCGGCUGCAGCGGGUAAUGGGACCCAAUGCUCCCAGCAGCCCCCAUGCUGCUGCCAGGAGACCAGUCUCAACAGGGGACCUAGAGUUCCUGCUGAGCCUGGGUGAGCUCUCUCCAGCCUUCCCUCAGCUCCUACAGUACAAGUGCGACCUGGUGUCCCGCAGCACCAGCGAGAUCUACCACUACCCCAGCCCGCUGCAUGCCGUGGCCUUGCAGAGCCCACUCUUUACCAGUGGCCUGUCCCGAGGCCCAUCCCAGGAGGACCUCAGCGAGCGGGCAGCCAUCCCCACUGUGCAGGAGGGCUCUCCCCAGAGUGGGACAGCCCCCUCAGAGGAGCAGCGCCAGGUCCAGCUGGACCGUUACAUCGCCAAGCUGGUGCUGAGGUACAGGUGUCGGUCGGCAGCUAGCCGCACAGAGCCUGGCUACCUGGCAGGGCACCAGAAGAGCCAGUCCAUGUCAUCGGUCUGUGGCUCCCCGCUGGGAGCUGGGCCGCUCCCCGGCUGGAAAAUCCGCAGGCGCAUUUCUACCUGCUCCCACCUCCGCUCUCCAGAGGGGCCCGACAGCUCCCAGGCCCUGGACAGCCCAGGGGGCCGGGGCUCCACCGCCUCCUCUGUGGGGUCCAGCGAGCGUUCAAUGGGGUUGCUCCUGGAGCAGCUCUCGCUGUGCCAGGAGCAGCCAGAGGGAGCCGGCUGGGCCGAGGCCUUGUCCUGUCAUCCCCAUGUGGUCAGGGUCAAGGCCUCCUCCAGGAAGGCCCUUGGCACUGAGCGGGAGCGGCUGUACAAGGGCAAGCAUGCCUCGCGGGAGUUGGUGAAGGCAGGCGAGGGUGCGGAGCGCAGCUGGCUCAGCCCGCGGGAGCUGCUUCGCAGGAUCAGCCUCCGGCGCAGGCCAGCUCUCCGGGCAGAGGGCGGGAGUCGCUGCAGCUCAGAGGUGAACGUCCGCACGCCGAGGCCUGUGUAUCGCUGCAGCUCCCAGCACUGCCUGGAGCCCCCGGGCAGACACAAGUGGGCAUCUGUCCUGGAGAUCUCCAGCCAGGCUCUGGGGAGGCCGAAAGCCGAGCCCUUCCCCCCACCAAGCCGCCAGUUGGCCUUCUCCACAGACUCCUGUUUCCCUGAUGGCAGCCAGCUGGAGCUGCAGCCACAGCGGGCUGAGGGCAGCAGUGCCUCCAGCCUCAGUGAGGUGGAUGCUGUCAGCCUGAAUGGGGAUUGGCGACUGCGGCAACUGGGCCCACCCAGGGCCCGCCCGCUCCAUGCCUCUGCCACACUGGAUUCCAACAACCUGGCCAUGGCCAGCUUCAAACUACACAGGACCCGCUCCUUCAAGGAGCUGAAGAGGAUGGUGAGCCGUUCCCUCAGGCCUCUGGCUCCCAAGGCCAGCGGAGCCUCCAAGUGACCUCCUCUGGCUGCAGGCUGCUCCCAAAAACCCUGUGGCAAAACUCCCAGCUAGCCCCAUCCUUUGGGGGGGGGGACCCCGUUUACUGGGACUGCCUCCUCCCCACAGUCUCUUCACCGUCCCCUCUUCAUGUCUCUUCUCUGUGGUAGACAGCUGACUGGAAUUGGCAGGGCCUGGUGCUUCACCCACCCUGAUCGCCGACAAGUUGGGGAGAGGAUUUAGAAGCAGCCCCUGCCCAACGCUGGCAGAGCUGCAGUGACAAGGCUGGCACAGGGGCACCCUCUCCCUACAGUACGGACAGGCCAGAGCAGCCUUCUCCCUGAGAGGCAGGAAGCUUGAAAUGGCCCCCCAACUUCUAAGGGUGGGAUGGGGCAGGAGUCACACUGGGCUCUAGGGACUGUAUCUGGGCCCCUAGUGUGGGCUUGAAAUCAAAUGUUCAACAGGUACCAUAGGCCCCUGCGUCUCCCAUAACCUAGGUGUGUCUAGGUGCUGUUGUCUGCCCAGCUGCAGCAGGCAGGCAUUCUGUGUAGGAGGAGCUGCCUGGGUCUGGCUGCACCAAGGAGCCUCAUUGCUGGUGUCAAUUCUAAGUGAAAAAAUAAAAAGAAAAAAUGAA